AUGCCUAAUAGUGGUUAUGUACCAGAUGCAAAUAUCAAUCAUAUGAUUAUUUGGCUGGAUGCUGGUAUCGGAGAUUUUGACAGCAAUCAACACUUAAAAAAAGCAUUUUCAACUCAAGCUGAUCCAACACAUGAAACACCAGUGGGCUUAUUUGAUAAAGAUGCUGCAGAGUUACUUCGUGUAGAAGGUCCUUUACCAAUACAUUUCGAAGGGGUUUAUUUUUUAUUGGCAGCAUUCAAAAAUAUUGAAAGUUGUCUCAAUUGUUUUGAACACAACCAAAAUAAACGAAUUUUUUUUAUUACAUCAGGAACAUUGGGAAGAGAGGCUGUACCAAUUAUUAUAGAAAGAUAUAGACAUAUAUUCACUGAUCCAGUUACUAAUGAACCAUACAUGUCAAUUUAUGUUUUUUGUCGUGAUAUUUCACUUCAAAUUGAUUGGGCGCUGGAGUAUCGAGAUUAUAUUCACAUUUUCAAUUUUGAUGCAGAUUUACUAAGUCGCAUGGUACGCGAUAUUAGUGAUUAUUUUCUUACUGAAAGUAAGCGUCUAUUAAAUAAAAGUCCUCCAAAUAAUGCAGCUGCUUAUCAUCGUCUAAGUUGGUCAAACGAGCUGUAUAAACGAUAUAGUAAAAUGGAAAAUAACUCAAUGAAGAAAGAACUUGAUGAAGUCAAUAAACUUCUAGAAGAUGUAGAAAAUAAAGUAAAAUCAUCGUCCGAUGAAAAUGAUUGA